AUUUACAAGAGCAUAUCAAAAUCUUUUUAUCUAUUAUCAUAGUCUUAAGUUUGAAAUAUUGUAGCAAGUGUGCUUACAUUUAUACACACAUAUAUGAGUUAGUGUGGUAAAUAACUAAUACAGUCUCACAAAGUGUUUCUAUAUGAGUAAAGAAAUGUACACUUUUGUUUCUGAAAAGACUCAUAUGAGACCAUAAAUUAAUGCACAAAUAAAAUAUAGGCUACAAUUGAUAUUGUUGGGAUAUAUUAUCCCGGCCUAUUACUGUUCAGGAGUCCAAGACAUUAUCCAGUACGGAGCCCGAGCAGUUAGGCCCAUUUCAGCCCGUCCGGCCCACUUUGGCCAUUAGGCCCGACAUCGGCCCGUUUGGCCCAUUAGGGUGGAGUACUUCCCUCACCCCUUUCCCUAUUUAUAGGAGGCUUUCCCUCCAUGUAAAGGAUCCUUUUUUAGCUUCACCUCUCUCAUUCUUUUAGACUUAAGCUCAAUACUCCAUUAAUGGGAGCUUGUACAAUGUAAUUGUGAGGAGAGUCCUAAUGAGAAAGAAAGGGCUUGGACAUUAGCCUAAAAAGUCCCGUGGUUUUCUCCCUUUCAGGUUUCCACGUAAAAACUGAGUGUUCAUACAUAUAUUUACUAUAUCGUGUUGGAUUAAACUCAACAUUGGCGCCGUCUGUGGAAAUCUGUCCAAAAAGAUUCAUGUGUUCUACACAAAAAUUCAUACGAAGUGGACUGAUUUCACCAAAAAAGAAGAAAAAAUCUAGGAAGGAUUCUGGGAAGGGAGAAACGAGGAAGCAACGAAAUAUGGGAAGUCCAGAUCUGGAUUUUUCCCAAAUCUGUUUUUGAGGUCGCCUGAGCCGCCGCCUCCUCCGGCAUGGAACCUCCGAUGUGUCUGCCGGCACCAGGCGGAACUCGCUGCAGCGUCCAAGAUUUCGCCGUCCCGGUCCAGUUAAAACUCCGUCUACAACACGGUUGCUUGUCGCCGGUAGCUGUUUCUGCCUCCCGAGCCGCCGCCCGUCUUCAGCGGACCACCGCGUGCCGCUUCUCCCCUGGUCGGUCUCUUCUCGGGCACCAGAGUCCCUGCCGACGUGACCUGAGGGUUCUACGAGUUGAGAGCUUCAUGAUUUCGGCCAUUAAUGGUGGUUGCGAGUUCAGAAGAGGUAUAUCCAGUAACCCAGUUGAGCUUCCACCGGAAGACUGGUUUUCCGGCCACGCUUGCUCGGCUGUGCCGCCCUUGAUGAGUAGCCGGCGAGGAUAGUCUGGCCUUGGGUCGAUGAGCAGAUGCCCCUGUUAGUCUCCCUGAGAUACGGAGUACCAUUCAGAUUACCUUGGUUCUAAGCAGACCACGUCUGCGUGUCUGAGGCCAAACAAUGGAGGGCCACCUUACUUGGGGGAAUUUUGACCAAGUCACGAUGUGGUGGGGAGGCUCAAUUUGACUAGGUCAGGGCUAAUAAUCUGGCCGAACCUACUCCUCAAGAGAGCUAAGUAUCUACACUUAAUUGCUUGCUCUCAAAAUUGAUACAUUUAAGGCAAAAUUGUCCUAAAUAGGACUAAAUUAUUGUUAAAAUUCCAAAAUAGGAGUAGACUUAAUUUUAUUCCCUAUAUAGGACCCUUUUCCCAAUUUGACCCUCUAAUUCAUUUCAACCCUGCGCAACUCAUAAGCUUCGUCUACGCCCAAGGGUCGCAUCUUCUACACAUAGCAGGGCUUCAACUGCCAGAGGGGGCGGGCAGCAACAGCGGCACCGAGUGCCGGCAAGUAGCGCCGGCGAGCGCCGGCGAGUGCCGAUGAGCAGCGGCAACGACUGUAUGUGGUCUGUCUCUUCCUUUGCUUCCUCUAUUUCUUCAAUUUUUUUCCGAUUGAAUCUGGUGCGGUUGUGGUGGUGCCAAGCUGCGUGGUCUUCUUCUCUCUUCUUUUCCGUCGAUCUGCAACAUCCUUGUUGCCUCUUUGCUUCUUCUUUUGUUUUAUACGAAUUUCUGUGAGCUUUGCAUCUUUUUUUUCUCGGUUUUGGUUUGUACUAGCUUGCUGCCUCUACGUUUGUCAAUAAGAUUUGAAAGUAAACUGGUGUGGUUUACUUCAUUUUUACAUUGCCAAUUUUUCGUUUAAAUGCCUUCAAAAUGGCAUUCUUAUUCUUUAAAAAUUUAAUAAUUUUCUUUGAAAAUGUCAUUAAAAUGGCAUUUUCAAUUCAUGUUGGCAUUUUGAUAAAAAAAAAGUUGGCAUCAGUGGUGGCAUCAGUCAGAUUUGCCAUAGCGACGGCCGGAUCUGUGAUGGCGGCGUUUGGAUCUGCAGUGGCGGCAAUUGGCGGUCGGCGGAGGUAAGAUCUAACUCGAUUUAGAGAGGCGGCGGCCUGAUCUACGGCGGCAACGGUCAGAUCUGCAUAGGCGGCCAGCGGCGGCGGCUAGUUUUGAGGUUACGGCGGCGACCGACGGCGGAGGUCGGCGGUUACCGGCGGUGGCCGGUCCGGUAUUCUGUAGGUGUCAGUCUGUUUUGUCAAAUUCUGGGGUACUUCUGUCCAUCUACAAAUAAUAAGUCCUAUUUAGGGAACUUUUAAACUUUAGUCUUAUUUUGGCAAUUAGGAAUUUAAUUACUCCCAUUUAGGUAAAUCACUCUACAUUUAACGUUGCAUGCUAUAGGGUAGUACGAAUUAACUAGUGCCAUUAGUUAAAUUAUUCUAUCACCAUUAUUUAUUAGGGGUUAAAAUGCCCCGAAAUUAAAUAAUGCCGAGCGACGCUCUAGUGAAAAUUAGUUUCACCGUCAUUUUAAUUUAAUGACUGGUUGUUGUGGGCCCGUCGGCCCGCUCCUGAUCGGCUUUAAUUAGCGAACGGAGUAUACUUGAAUGGCCUCUGAUAGGAAAGUAUCAUUGCUAUUACCGGUUAUAUCACUAUUAUUUAUUGGGGAUAAAAUGUCCCGAAUUAAAUAAUGCGGAGCGAAGCUCAAGUGAUGGUUAGUUCAGCUAACAUUUCAUUAAGUAUUUAAUUUUUUGUGGGGCCUGUUGGCCCACUCUCGAUCAGCUUGAUUAAGUGAUCCGAGCGUCCCCGGAAGGGCGAUGCCCCGACGACGCAUUUUAGUUUGAGGGGUGCGCAUUAGUCCGCAUGGCACUACGUGCCCGAUCGACGAUCAUACCCCAGUGUAAUCCGCGCCGCUAGGCGCGAAGUGACUAUUGCCAAACGUGGCCUAUGGGGCCCGAGGGCACCAAAGCACUCAACCUCGUUUUUCCGAGGGCAGUGCGACUAACUUGGGUCUGAGUUGAAAACUCACAGACCGGUGAAUAUCUCUAUGUGACGUUCGGCGGGCUGCUAAUUGGCCCCGCCGCGAGCUGCUACGUCCAUUAACCCCGCACGAUGAGCCGGGCCGAGGGUCACGAUAACCCAUAGGCCGGUAAUCGUAGGUGUUAGAGAGAAAGCCACACAGAUGGCUAUGUAUAUAUACUGUCGGGCCGUGCGGCCCGUUAUCAUGCAACAGCUUCUGCUUUUAAAAAAGUGCUUUUUUAAAUGAAAUGAGGAAAAGUGAUUAAAUAAAAGUUGAUAGUGUUUGAGAAAAAAGUGAUUUUGAAAAGUAAAAGUGGGUAGUGUUUGGUAAAAUAAGUGUUUUUUGUGUAAUAGAAAAAGUAAAAGCACUUUUGACGCGGAAGUCGAGAAAAAUAAAAGUUGUAGUGUUUGGGAAAAUAAGUGCUUUUUUAAAGCCAAAAGCUGAGAAGUGCUUUUUUAAAAGCAAUUGCAAACCAACCCUUAUUGCGCAGCUGAAGCUGCUCGACACGCUCGAGCGAAAUGAUUAAAAGACGCUCGGCCCGAGUCUUGAAGACGUUCAGGGCCAGCUAAAGAGGAGACCAUCACGGCUGAGAGCCGAGAGACGAGCAUCUCCACCUCAGAGACCGAUGGCCUAGGAAGAACACCUAGAGGCCGAGGGUCUAGAGGGAACUGCCACGACGAAGAACCGUGAGACGAUCAUCCAUCAUCCAGAGGCCGAAGGCCUAGAGGAGACCACCGCGGCCGAGGGCCAACUGACACAAUCAUAUCACGACCGGCCUCUCGGCACGGCGUGAUUAUCAUCUUCUGAAGACCGGUAUCAUCCCCGCGCUGCGCGGAUGAGAUCCAUUGCAUGGGUACACUUGAUCGGCCUCUCAUUGCCGACAUCAUUAUAUCACGACCGGCCUCUCGGCACGGCGUGUUUAUCUUUUGAAGACCGGCCUCGUCCCCGCACUGCGCGGACGAGGACCGUUGCUUGGAUUUCAGGUCGGCCUAUCAUUACCGACAUCAUUAUAUCAUGACCGGCCUCUCGGCACGGCAUGAUUAUCUUAUUUGAAGACCGGCUUCAUCCCCGCUCCUCGCGGAUGACAGCCGUUGCUUGUUUUCUCAGAUCGGCCUCUCAUUGCCGACAUCACUAUAUCACGACCGGCCUCUCGGAUCGGCGUGCUUAUCUUUUGAAGACUGGCCUCGUCCCCGCGCUGCGCGGACGAAGACCGUUGCUGGAUUUCUUUCAGGUCGGCCUCUCAUCGCCGACAUCAUUAUAUCACGACCGGCCUCUCGGACCGGCGCGAUUAUCAUAUUCGAAGACCGGCCUCGUCCCCGCCACCUUGCGGACGAGGACCGUUGCUUGACCAUAUCUUGAUUGGCAUCUCAUUGCCGACAUUAUCAUACCACGACCGGCCCCUCGGCUCGGCGUGUUCAUCUUUUGAAGACCGGCCUCGUCCCCACACCUCGCGGACGAGGACCGCUGCUUGGUUCUUUCAGGUCGGCCUGUCAUUGCCGACACCAUUAUAUCACGACCGGCCUCCCGGCUCGGCGUGCUUUCCAUAUUUGAAGACCGGCCUCAUCCCCGCUCCUCGCGGAUGAGGGCCGUUGCUUGAUUCUUUCAGGUCGGCCCCUCAUUGCCGACACUAUCACAUCAUGUUCGGCCUCUCGGCACGACAUAUUUAUCUUUUGAAGACCGGUUUCAUCCCCGCGCUGCGUGGAUGAGAGCCGUUGCACGGAUAUAUCGGCCUGACCGGACACUAUUGCCAUCUCCUUAUCAGGACCGACUGCUCAGCGACAUUAUGAUCAUUGUUUGUCGGCUCCCAAUGCCAACCUUUUCUUGAGUUAGCGAUCGGACUCACCCCUCCCCUCCAGGAGGGUGACCAUCGCCUUCGCAUGACGACCAGCUAUUCUAUCGUCUUGUCAUUAUAUUCGUUCGCCAUGCCACCACCAUUAUGUGUGACAUCCCGUGAUCCCUGCGAGUUUCUUGGAUACCGAAUGUCUUCUUCGAUGUAGGAAGAUCGGUAGGACCACGGACCAGGGACGGAAAAAGAAGAGCUAGGGAAUCUCGAUGUAGAUAAACCUGUUCCUCCUUGCGAGUUUCGCGGAUACCGAACGUCUCUUCGAAGCAAGAGCGCCGGUAGGACCAAGAACCAAGGACGAACGAAGAAUAUAGAUUGCCUCCCUCAAAAAAAAAAUGGGGAGAAGAGGAGGGGAGCUCCUACGUGGAAGGGAAUCUUGUCGGGCGUGCCAGAUCUUCUCCCACCGCCGAAGACGAACGCCUCUCGAUGUAGAGGUUAGUAGAGACGCGGAGGGGGCUAGACGAACCAAGGGAGCUUUGCCAGGAUAAACCUGUUUAUCCCACAAUGACCAUGGAUCGAUGGACGUGGGAUAACAAAGCCGGGAACCCGUGAGGGUAAACCAGUUCGUCCCUGCGAGUUCCUUGGAUACCGAACGUCCUCUUCGAAGCAAGAGACGUCGGUAGGACUAAAAGGACCACGGACGAACGAAAAAGGGGGAAUCUCGAUGUAGAUAAACCUGUUCCUCCUUGCGAGUUUCGAGGAUACCGGACAUCCUUCGAAGUAAGGACGCCGGUAGGACCAAGAACCAAGGACGAACGAAGACUAAAAGACUCCAAAAAAAAAAAAAGAUGCCAGAAGAGCACGGAGCAAAGAAUGAUUUUAUCCCUCGGCGCUAUUGGCCGGGAAGUACAAACUGAAAAAAAUAUAUAAAGAAUAAUUACAAAACUUAAGUACGAAGAAUGAAGUGGCUGACGACGAUCGGCUAACAUCAGGCUUCUUUUGCCUUGAACGACGAAUACCAGCUCCCCAGAUCAGACAGAGGGACGACGCCCAGGUCCACCCUUCCUCCCAGGAUGAAGUCCUGACAGACGAUCGGCUUCUCAUAGCCAGCCAAGACGGACCGCGCCUAGAUUUCACGGUUCGGCUCGCCCAUUCCCUCCAGGAUGGCGACGACCGUCUUAUGCAGCACGAUCGGUUUCUCAGCGCCAUCGUGUCUCUUUCACGUUCGGAUCGCCCCAUUCCCUCCAGGAUGGCGACGAACGUCUUAUGCAGUGCGAUCGGCCCCUCAGCGCCAUCGUACCUGGCUUCACGGUUCGGCUCGCCCAUUCCCUCCAGGAUGGCGACGACCGUCUUAUGCAGCACGAUCGGCUUCUCAGCGCCACGUGUCUGGCUCACGUUAGGGUCGCCCAUCCCUUCCAGGAUGGCGACGAACGUCUCUUAUGCAGCACGAUCAGCGCCCCAGCGCCAUCGUGUCUGGCUCACGUUAGGGUCGCCCAUCCCUUCCAGGAUGGCGACGAACGUCUCUUAUGCAGCACGAUCAGUGCCCCAGCGCCAUCGUGUCUGGCUCACGUUAGGGUCGCCCAUCCCUUCCAGGAUGGCGACGAACGUCUCUUAUGCAGCACGAUCAGCGCCCCAGCGCCACCGUGUCUGGCUCACGUUAGGGUCGCCCAUCCCUUCCAGGAUGGCAACGAACGUCUCUUAUGCAGCACGAUCAGCGCCCCAGCGCCAUCGUGUCUGGCUCACGUUAGGGUCGCCCAUCCCUUCCAGGAUGGCGACGAACGUCUCUUAUGCAGCACGAUCAGCGCCCCAGCGCCAUCGUGUCUGGCUCACGUUAGGGUCGCCCAUCCCUUCCAGGAUGGCGACGAACGUCUCUUAUGCAGCACGAUCAGUGCCCCAGCGCCAUCGUGUCUGGCUCACGUUAGGGUCGCCCAUCCCUUUCAGGAUGGCGACGAACGUCUCUUAUGCAGCACGAUCAGCGCCCCAGCGCCAUCGUGUCUGGCUCACGUUAGGGUCGCCCAUCCCUUUCAGGAUGGCGACGAACGUCUCUUAUGCAGCACGAUCAGCGCCCCAGCGCCAUCGUGUCUGGCUCACGUUAGGGUCGCCCAUCCCUUUCAGGAUGGCGACGAACGUCUCUUAUGCAGCACGAUCAGCGCCCCAGCGCCAUCGUGUCUAGCUCACGUUAGGGUCGCCCAUCCCUUUCAGGAUGGCGACGAACGUCUCUUAUGCAGCACGAUCAGCGCCCCAACGCCAUCGUGUCUGGCUCACGUUAGGGUCGCCCAUCCCUUUCAGGAUGGCGACGAACGUCUCUUAUGUAGCACAAUUGGCCCCUCGGCGGCAUCAUGUCUAGUCCAUCUUCGGCUCCGCUCAUGCCAUCCCGGAUGGGGGACCCGUCUUGUGCAGCACGUCUGCCUCUCGGCGCUGACAUGCUCGAGUUCUCGUUGAGAGCUACCGCUCCUAUCACAUCUCGCAUUCCCUCUCUCAUACAUUGCACCCAUACAUUACAUGCAUUCAUGCAUCAUACCUCAUACAUUCAUACAUACACACGUGCAUCGUGUCUUGACAGUACCGCGACGUCGGUUUAUAGAUGCAUGGACCUCUAAGCUUCUCCGAUUGGAAAGCUCGAGUCAGAGUGCUUUACUCCCGCCUGAUGCAUUCAGGGGGAGUGUGCCCGUGAAGGAGCACCCUUCGCCCGACCCUGUCGGAAAGGGGGGUGCCUCACUGGUAGAUUACGUUCAGGAGUGCAGACACUCACUCAUAUAUUAUGAUUAUGUGAAGACACAGUUUCCAGCAAGACAGAGGAAGAGCGCAGGCAGAGUAUAUUUUCUCAAGCAGAUUCGCGAGCUCACUACUCAAGAAACUGGGGGACUUGUGUUGGGAUAUAUUAUCCCGGCCUAUUACUGUUCAGGAGCCCAAGACAUUAUCCAGUACGGAGCCCGAGCAGCUAGGCCCAUUUCGGCCCGUCCGGCCCACUUUGGCCAUUAGGCCCGACAUCGGCCCGUUUGGCCCAUUAGGGUGGAGUACUUCCCUCACCCCUUUCCCUAUUUAUAGGAGGCUUUCCCUCCAUGUAAAGGAUCCUUUUUUAGCUUCACCUCCCUCAUUCUUUUAGACUUAGCUCAAUACUCCAUUAAUGGGAGCUUGUACAAUGUAAUUGUGAGGAGAGUCCUAAUGAGAAAGAGAGGGCUUGGACAUUAGCCUAAAAAGUCCCGUGGUUUUCUCCCUUUCGGGUUUCCACGUAAAAACUGAGUGUUCAUACAUAUAUUUACUAUAUCGUGUUGGAUUAAACUCAACAGAUAUAAAAAAUGUUGCAAAAAGGCAUAUGGGCAACAUAGAGAUCGAUGCAACAUCCAACCACAUCUAACAAA